AUGGAAAAUCAAACUGUAACAACUGGUUUUAUACUCUUGGGACUUUCCAAUGAUCCAAAUCUACAGGUUUUUCUCUUUUGUAUAUUUCUACUAAUAUUUUUAGUGACUAUACUAGGAAAUAUAGCAAUUAUACUGGUGAUCAGGACUGAAUCUAGCCUCAAGACCCCCAUGUUCCUCUUUCUUGGUCAUCUAGCCUUUGUUGACAUCUGUUAUUCAUCUGUCACUGUUCCCAAAAUGCUGGAAAACUUCACAACAAAUCAGAAAACCAUCUCCCGGGAAGGAUGCAUUGUUCAAAUCUUUUUCUUUUUCGAAACUGCUUGUGCUGAAGUCUUCAUCCUCUCAGCAAUGGCUUUUGACCGAUAUGUUGCUAUAUGUGACCCACUGCAUUAUACCAUCGUCAUGAAAAAAGAAUUUUGCAGGAAACUAGUGUGUGGAGCCUGGUCAAUGGGGUCCUUAUAUGCUGUGGUAAAUGCAGUGCCCUUGGUGAAUUUAUAUUUUUGCAGAAGCAAUAAAAUUAGCCACUACACCUGUGAACUUCCCUCACUCUUGCUUCUGUCUUGCACAUAUCCCUUCAGCAAUUAUGUAGUUCUUUUUAUCUCUGUAAUGGUAUUUGGUUUAAGUUCAUUCCUCCUCACCCUAAUAUCUUACAUUUACAUCAUUUCCACCAUCCUCAGGAUUCGCUCAGCAGAAGGGAGACAUAAAGCAUUCUCCACAUGCAGCUCUCACCUCAUUGUGGUGGGCUUGUUUUACAUUGCAGCUUUUUUUCGAUAUAUGAAACCUAGUUCAGAAUCAUUUACAUAUCUUGACAAAUUGGUAUCGAUCCAAUACAGCAUCCUGACUCCCAUGUUAAAUCCUAUUAUAUAUAGCCUGAAAAACAAAAAUAUCAAAACUGCUUUGGCAAAAAAUCUUUCAAAAGUGUCAUUUUCUCAAAUAACGCUGCACAGAGUCCUGUAG